UAGCGGAAACCCGCUUUAUACAAAACAAACUGAAUUUACGAAGUUUUAUCGAAGUGUGUGACUUUGUUGACACGAAGUAAGUCAAUAUCAGUGAUCAUGACAUACUCCUGACUGUCAAAGCAGUCAAACUGUAUAUGUCUCAACUCAUGAUCAAACAUGGACACAAUGAAUUCUUCGUUUACAACUGUGCCCACAGUGAGCAUGAUCCCAGGGCAAGGGACGCCGUCGUCUGCAUCAACGCCUGCAAUGAACAACAACAGUGCCAUGGAUGACGGUUCUAAUCUUACUGCUGCGGGUUUAAGACAGAGUAGUAGAGAGUUUGCUGAACAGAUAAGAAGACUGGAACUGGAAGGAAAUAAGCUACGAGAAGUGACAUUAGCUAGUUUGGCAGGAAAUCUGAGCAUGGAUGCAACCGAUACCAGUUUUGAGACUGUGAAGCCUGUGGUACCUCCUGCAUCCCUUGCAUCUCUCAUUGACAUUUCAUCCGAACAAAAGACUAUCUCAGACCUCAGGGUGCAGCUGGAGCAGCAGCGGAAGGAAACUGACCGGCUGCAGUCCCAACUGCUCACAGACCUCCCUCCCAGUCACAGCUUCACCAGCGUUCCAUCCAGCCCCUCCAAGUCAGCCUUCUCCACACUGCCACCCACACCGGAACUCUCCACCUCCAGGAACAGAGCCUUCGAGUUUGUUCCACCAUCCCAUCUGGAACGAGCUCUCAAAGAAUCUCAGGAACAAGUGUCUGACCUCAGGAAGAAACUUCAGGAGGUUAAUGACACAACUGAAAGCCAAAAGCGCCAGUUCCGUGUCAACAUUGAAGAGCUGAAGUCCAAACUGCAUGAGACGAUUGUGAACCGAGACACAAUACUAGAACUCAGACAGAAGGAGGCAAUGAGCCAGGAGGCUGUCAUCUCUAAGCUCAAGGCCUCUCUCCAGCAACAACAUGAACGCAAUAAGGGUCAGGAGACGUCCCUCGCAGAUGCCAACAAGAAGCUGGAAGCUAUCAGCCAUACCAGCCACAUCGCCAACACUACCAUCACUCAGAUCCAGACACUGCUGGCUGAGAGGGAGAAGUGCCGAGGAAAGCCAUUCUUCGAGUCCAACUUUGUGUCCAGCCAGGGCCCAGCCAUGUUGAUCCACACUCUGGAAAGAUGUCUGCAGGAACUGGACACGGAACUGGAUGCAAAACGAAAAAAAGUUAAUGAGGUCCAGCAGGAUCUGGAGAACUCUCAGUCCAUGUCUUCUCAGAAAGUACAAACGCUUGCCAAAGACUAUCAUGAGAAUUUACAAAGAGAAUCAGAAGAUGCUUUGAAAAGAGUGACUCAGAUGACAUCAGAACAUGAGCUGCAGCUGGAAACCGCCAAUGAGAGAGCCGUGAACGCCCGCAAACAGGCCACGUCCCUGCAGAAUCAGCUCCAACUCCUUCAGAGCCAGUAUGACCAGCAGAUUAAGCUGAAGGAUGACCUGAUCACGGAUCUUGAGACGAAGGUGCGGCAGCUGAAAGAGGAACAUGCUGACGACCGAACCAAGUGGCAGGAAAGGAGAGACACCCUGGAGACCAGCAUGGACAAAGUGCAAAGAGACAUGAGUUUGAUGAGAGCUGACAGAGAGGAUUCUGUCAGGAAAUGCGGUGCCAUGGAAACGCAUAUACAUGACUUCCAGGGCUGUGUGUCCAGACUGGAGGCGGAGCUGGGGAUGGAGCGUGUCUGCAUUAAGAAGCAGCUGGAGCGUGAGGAGGAGCUGAGGAGCAAGCUGCUGGUGACAGAGAACUCGCUGACCAGCAGGCAGCAGGACGUGGAGAGGCUGGAGAAGAUGCUGGAUGUGGUCAAACAGGAGUGUUCUUCACAGCUGCAGGAUCGGGUGUCGACAGCGGAGAAGACUGAACGAGAGCGCAGUAAUGACCACAUCCGGAGCCUGAUGGCGCAGCUGACCAGCCAGACAGAGAAGUGCAGCAAGGUGACCGUGGAACUAGAGGUAGCCAAGUCUGAAAUGGCCACCUUCAAAGAGCAGGUGAAGGAACUUACCGAGAAACUCGAGUCUGCUCGAAUCCAACUUGACUCUGCUAUGAGUGAAAAAAGACAUCUAUCUGAACUGGUCAGUGACAGGAAGGGAGAUGUGGAGCGAGUGUCAAAGGAAAAAGACUAUUAUUUCAGUCUCCUGGAACAGAAGAAUGAGGAGCUUGCACAGCUUAAGGCAACCAAAGAAAAACUUCUAAUGCAGGUGGAUGAGAAGGAGAGAAAUGUUUUGGCUUUGAAGCAGCAGUCAGACAAUAUAUCCCAGCUAGUGGAAGCCAAUUCUAAAACCAGUGAAAAUAUUCGUGAGGAGAAAGAAAGGAUUAUAUAUUUGUUAAAUGAAAAGUCGGCAGCAGUCGAUGAAUUGAGGACGGGGCAGGACAGCAUGGGGAAGAAACUGCGAUUGAAGGAAAAGCGUAUACGAGAGUUGGAGGAGGAGAGGAUGAGGCUGACAGAGGACUUGGCUCUCAAGGUGCAGGAGAUGGACAUCAUGCAUCAGGAGAAAGACAACCUGUUCAAGGAACUUAAAGACAGUCGGCUAGAAGUCGCCAAUAUUACCCAGGCUAAAGACAUGAUUAAGAAGGAGCUAUCGAAGCUGAGGUCAAGUUAUGAGAAGGAAAUUAGUAAACUGCAAUCAAGGUUAAAAGGAGCAGAACAUGAUGUGAAGUUAGCCCAGAAGACUCUGAAAAGUAAAGACUCUGUAGAUAACAAAGCUGUGAAGUAUGCUGACAAGAUGCAGAAGGAGAUCACCAACAAGAGAGGAGAACUUGAUUCAUUAUUGUCAAAAGUCAGGAAGUUUGAAGACAAACUGGAAACAUUAGCUAAGGAGAAGCUGGUGGUAGAGAAGGACAAGGAGAGUCUGAAGAAGUCUCUCAGCAAGUCCAUGCAGCACACCCAGGAGCUGGCGGAGCAGCUGGAGGCCAGUGCUGCCAAGAACCACGAUCUGAGAGAGCGCAUGGCUCUCAUGGAGGCCAAGCUGGAGAAGGCUGGUCUGAAGACGGCAACAGCACAGGCCAAGAUGGAGCAGUUUGAACAAGACAUUGCCAGACUCAAGAUCAACCACCAGCUGGAUCUCAAGGAGGCUGAGCAAGUAAUAACUGGCAAGACGCCCUACUCUGCCAUACCCCCUACAGGUCGAUCCAGUAGAACACAUACCCCUGCGUCCCGGAAGGGGAGGGAGUCCGGCGGUUUCACCUACCCCCACAAGCCAGCAACCAGCAUUCAAGCACAGGAACCAAAGGAACCCACUGAGAACUAUGCUGUAGUGGGCCAGGAGUUGAAGGAUCUGCUGAAGGAGAUGAGGUCGUUGAUUGCUGGACAAAGGGAGGUAACUCAGAAGUCAAACCUGCAUCCUUCAGUGUACCAUUCCUCACCUGUACAAGCAAGAGAUAGAAGAUCUAAGGAUUCUGGGUCAUCUCCAGACAUAGACUCCCUGUCCGACUCUGAGAUCGAACCAACCUGGCUCCGGGCAAGGGCAAGGUCAAAUAUAGACUUUUCAGGGGUGUCAUCAGUCCGAGAAGUCACCUCGGCCCCACAAACUCCACAGCGUCGUCAUCGUAGGAGCUGCUCUGCUGAUCUCAGCAGUUCACGGAGUAAACCUCGACAAGACAGUCGGUACGAAUCAAGUCGUAUAUCAGCUGGCAGCUCGCCGGGGCGGUCAGCGUAUAUCGGUUCUCCUUACAGAAGCAGAGAUGGCUCCCUCUCUUGUCAUCCAUCCUUCUCUGGGUCUGCCAAUACCCUUCUUACCUCACUCUGUACCCCGCCCGGUGCACUCCGCCAUCAGACACACCCUGCUACUCACCUUGUUGUCUCACCUGUAGACUGCACACCUGUGUCACUUUCACCUAACCCAGAUAGAGACAUGGACAGCGAAAGCUUUCAUCCAGCGUCCAUGUCCUCCCUGACCCCAGACACACAGGUGCUGUGUAAGAGACUGGAGGAGAAGAUCGAGAACCUCACCAAGAUGGGAGGCAACCUGCAGCGUGAAAACAGAGAAAUGGCCAACUUAAUGACAAUGCAUGGGAGGAAGAUAGAUUCAGUGCGGGAACAUGAACGCAAACUACGGAAGAGUCCCAGAUAAUGUCGGACUGUUCCAGAUCCGUCCAAUACUAAACAUUUCUGUGAUACCCCUGUACAGUGAAGCUGAGGAACACUGUUCUCCACACCUUUUUUAGGUUUUAUUUAUUUUGACUAUAUAUUGGUCCUUCUUGUAUCAGGAGUAGUUUCUCUCUAGGAUGAUGAGUGUCACAUGCAAAACUGUCAAACCUGAGUGAGGAGGCUACAGUCGCUCAGGGAAUACAUGUUACUCUGUUUUAGUUCAAACAUGCAGAAGUCAUGUGUGGAAGUACAUGGUUGAUAUUAUCAUUACCAUUAUACUGUUGAAAGACAAGCAUCCAUAAUGAGUCUUGUAAGUCAUAAUGUUUGACGAUUCAUCUAAUAUUUCUGAACAUUUUCCUGAGAGAAGGCAAUCAAUUUUCAGAUAGAAAGGAAAUGUAUACUACAUCUGUAUCACCAACAAAAGGAAAAUGAUUUAAAGUGUUUGUAAAAGUAUUGCAUGUCUGAUUAUGUUGCCACUCAAGUACAUCUCUAACAGGCCAGUAUAGUAUCAGAUGUCCUGUAGAGACCAGAUAAGCUGCACCCAGAAGAUGGAAUGUCUGGUAUGGUGAUCUCUACUGGAUGAAGUCAUAGUUCUACUGUUACAUGACCAGCAUCAGCAGCACUGAGUGCCAGUUUGGUUGGUGAUUAUCAUCAUCAGAGGCCCAGGUGGAAUCUGACAGGAUAAUGGUGGGAAGCUGGUCCGUGUUGAUCUCCUGAAACCAGGUCCACUGGGUGGCAGUUGUGCGCGUCUCUUAUCAAGAUGUUUGAAAUGAGGGAUAAUAAUUUGAAAUUGAAUAUAUGAUUACCCUGCAGCAUCUCACCAUUCCAUGUAUUCAAAUGUGAAGGUAGAAGUAUAGUUUCACUCAUUUCAUUUCUUCUGAAGUAUUAAAUCAUGCCAUAUGUCAACAAUUUGCGAGAUACUUUUCACCAUUUGAACAUAAUUUUCUGACCAGUAUUACAUAGUUUUCUGCAACUUCAUAAUUCAACAUUUCCAGUGGCCGAGCCAGGCCAUUUUACUACCUCAUCCUGUCUACACAGAAUUCCUUUGUAACCCACAAGCAGAGAUGCAGCAUGAGUUUUUGUUGUUAUAAAUUAGACUGAAACCAUAGAAGCAUGUCCCUCCAUGGAUGUAGCAGAAAAAAACUGUCGGUGUGAGUAGCUGUCAUCCGUGUGAAGUCUGGUGAAUGAAAGGAUCAAGUCACCGCUGUAUGCCAGUAUUUACAAGAAAGGACAGGAUCACUCCUCUCUGACAAUCAGUUCUGUAAGGACCAAGUAUUUUAUGACACCUACCACUGUGAAUGUAUGACAGACCAUGUUGGUUUCUUGCAUCAUGAGAUACUGAAUGCCAUAUUUAUAUUUAUCAUUGAUGUUCAUCCCAAUAUAUACAUAUUGUUAUGGGUGGGUGGGAGACAUUUACGUCAUUGAUAAGUUUGGUACAGAAGCACAAGAAGUAGCAUUAUAUACUUGGAAACAUGUUAAUGUAAAUAAGCCUGCAUGAACUUGUAAAGUAGUCCAACAGUAUUUCUGUAAGGAAACUUCUAUGGGUUUGUAUGUACUUAUUCCAUAUGGUUUACAAUAUAUCGUAUUUGUAUCUAUUUUAUUGUCUUUGUACAAUGUCGGCAAUAAAGCAUUCACUGAAAUGAG